UCCCACUUGUUUCAGUCUUGUGUUUAUUUGCCCAUUAUAUCCUUCCACACGAUUCAGCCAUCAGCCAUCGGGAGUUGCCUCAUCCUCAGGUUGAAAAAUGUAACCCAUCCAUGGAUGAGAGAGACAAGCUGUUGCUCCCUUGAUGUAAUCCUCCGCGAUUCAACCUUGCCUCCCAAGUCUCAUUAUUUUAAGGUUUAGUAUGGCAGCAGCUGCGGUAAUUGGAGUUGUUUUGGUUGCUCUACUCUCAGUUUUCUAUGUGAAUUGGAGACUUGACCGAUCUAGUGGUUGCCACUUUCCGGCUAUUUACAACUUUGGUGAUUCAAAUUCUGACACGGGCAGUGUUUCGGCUGUACUCCGUCGGGUUCCUUUUCCAAACGGGCAGAACUUUGGCAAACCAUCUGGACGGUAUUCUGAUGGGCGCUUGAUCAUUGAUUUUAUAGCUGAAAACUUGGGAUUACCUUACUUGAAUGCAUAUCUAGAUUCUAUUGGAACGAGUUUCAGACAUGGAGCAAAUUUUGCUGCCACUGGGUCCACAAUUCAGCCACCUCAUCUCAGAAUGUUUGAGGAAGUUUGUUACCCCCUUUCUCUCAACAUUCAGCUACUGCAAUUUGCACAAUUCAAAGCUCGCACUACUCAGCUAUACCCACAAGUUCAAAACUCGGACAUUAAAAACACUCUCCCAAGACCGGAGGACUUCUCAAAGGCUCUUUACACUAUGGAUACUGGACAAAACGAUCUUCAUGAUGGGUUUACCUCAAUGACGGUAGAGCAAGUGCAGAAAUCCAUUCCAAACAUAAUCAAUCAAUUUUCUCAGGCCAUAGAGCAACUCUACCAACAAGGAGCAAAAAUAUUUUGGAUACACAAUACAGGUCCCAUUGGCUGCUUGCCCUUCUUUGUUAUAAAUUAUCCUCCAAAGCCUGAUAAUGUUGACCAAACUGGCUGCAUUAAGUCCUACAAUGAGGUGGCUCAGGAGUUCAACAGGCAGCUUAAGGACAUGGUGUCCCAACUAAGGAGCAAACUUGGAGAUGCUCUACUUACUUACGUCGACAUCUACUCAGCUAAAUAUUCCCUAAUCAGUGAAGCCAAGAUACAUGGUUUUGUUGAUCCUUUUGGGCAAUGUUGUGGGCAAAAUGGGAAGUUUCGAGAAUGUGGGAAGAAGGCCGUAGUGAAUGGGACUGAAGUUGAUGGUGCCUCUUGUACUAAUCCUUCAGAAUACGUUAGCUGGGAUGGCGUACAUUAUACUGAUGCUGCAAACCAGUGGGUGGCCGGACACAUUCUCAAUGGUUCACUGUCUGAUCCUCCACUCCCCAUCUCUGAAGCAUGUCACAAGCCUCUUCACUUGGAGCUGAAAUAAUGAAUGGAAUCAUCCACAUUAAGAGGCAAUUACUUGGAUAUGCAUACUAGGGGUGGUCAGACUUUGCUUUAUCUUAAUAUAAAGCAGUUGCAUGGAAUGUAAUUGAUGUAUAAGAUGGGAGAGAUACCAAUUUUAUGGUUGUUAAUAGUAUAGACUCUAAUACGUUUUCAAUUCA